ACAAGACACACAAGUAUUUAUACCAAGUGAUGUAUGUUGGAUCUCACAUCAACCCCAACACCCUUCCCCUCUCUCUCAGACAGGUCGCAGUAUCAAAAUGGACUACUCCAACUCCAAGAAAGGCAGUCAGGCGCAGGGGCUACGGCUGCUGCCUCUCCAAUGCACUUUGGUAUUGUUGUUGAGCAGUAUUGCAACAUGUGAUGUAGACAAGGACAAGUUAAAGUGUGGGGAUGAGCUUGUGGGGCUGGCGACAUGCCUUCCCUAUGUAAGCGGUGAAUCCAAGACACCCCCAAUUGACUGCUGCGCUGGUCUGAAGCAAGUGUUGCACAAGAGCCCUGAAUGCAUCUGCUUGUUGGUGAAAGAUAGAAAUGACCCCAGCCUUGGCCUCAAGAUCAAUGCCACACUUGCGCUCACCCUCCCUUCUCAGUGCCAUGCGCCUGCUAAUGUCUCCCACUGUCCAGCUCUGCUGCACUUGCCACCAAAUUCACCAGACGCCAAGGUGUUUGAGGAUUUUGCAAAUCAAGGCAAUGCUACCACUACUAGUGCACCUGCUGCUGCUUCUGGGGAUUCAUCCACGAGGAGUGCUGGUGAGAGGAGUGAUGGAGGAAAGAAAUUAGGCAUGGAAAUGGUUUCAGUGUCAGCAGGGGUGUUGCUCAUGAGUAUAGUGUUUGAUUUGUAUGGGUGUUGAGGAGAAAACUGGUUUGUUAUAUGAAUGUUUUUAUGUGUUGGUAGUUGAUGAUUGGUGGUUGUGGUUAAUUUUGCUUGAUCAGUAGACUAUGUGUAUGUCUGUGUCUGUGUGUAUGUCUCAGUCUCAGCCUCCUCCGUCAUACAUGAUUAAUGAUUAAUGAUUAAUGAUUAAUGAUUGCAAAUGGGACACUCUCAAACUUCA